UUUUGAAAUCUUUGCGCAUGCGUAUGAAAUAAACUGCAACCGUGACAGAAAUUGCGUAGCCACACUCUUAUUCGGUAGUGAAGAAAAAUGGCAACCAUCAUCGCCGGCACCGCAACAACAUCGAUCACUCGCGCAGGUCUUGUGCUCAAGCGACCUGCUGGGAUCUCAUCCUCUACGGUUCUUGGGUUGCCAGCAAUGGGUAAGGCAGGGAGAGUGAGGUGUUCCAUGGAGGGAAAGCCUUCUGCUGAAAGCAACUCAAAUAUUGGAAUGGGGGCAUCCUUGAUAGCAGCUGCAUGCGCCGCCACAAUGUCAAGCCCAGCCAUGGCUCUGGUGGACGAGAGAUUGAGUACUGAAGGAACUGGGCUUCCCUUUGGGCUGAGCAACAACCUUCUUGGUUGGAUCCUAUUCGGUGUCUUUGGUCUCAUAUGGGCUCUCUAUUUUGUCUAUGCUUCCUCUCUUGAAGAGGAUGAAGAGUCUGGAUUGUCCCUCUAAACCCCAAGUUGAUCAUGCAUUAUUGUAGAAAUUGCAGAGAGUUAUGUCCUCUUCUGUUGUAUUAAAAAACUACUUGUGUAUGUAUUCAAGUUCAAACUUCAUAAGUUAUUUAUUUCUUCGUAUCCGGAGCUUUCA